AUGGAUGCACAGAAUCCACAGCUAUUGAAUCCUAUCUUUGAAAGAAGGAAGAGGCAUAUGCCAAAGAAGAACGGCAUUUACUAUAGGAGGAAGGAAGGAAGCCAGGGACACGUGUCCUCGUUUUAUCUGAGUGAGGAUUUGAUUUGUCUCGCUCCUCUUUCCGGACGAGCUGAGAUAGAUGCUCUUUCAGGUCUUCGUUUUAGGGUUCCAAACCUGACUCUAACAAGGCCUUUAUCGAAAAGCUUCAUCGCUCGGAUUUGUGCUGUGGCUGUAGCCCCGAAACAGAGUAAUAAGGAGGCUGAGAUGAGAAAAGAGAGACCUCACGGGUCAAAUGAAAGUGUUGAUUUUUGUUCUUCUCUAUCUGCUAUUAAUACGUAUAUCGCCCUCCUGAGAGGAAUAUUUUAUCCAUUAAAGGAGCACCUCAACAGCAGGAGCUGGUAUGGACUUUGCUUCCCUCCGUGGAUGAACCGUCUUGAUUCAUUCCUUUUCUUCCGUCAUUUAUGCACUUCUUUAGGAAAGAGCUUUGAGACUUCCUGCCCAAGGAGAUAA